UAACAUCUAUAGUGUUUUAUUAUUCUAUCUGGAUAUCAGGUGGUGUUGACAUAUAAUUUGGCAUAGUAAUACAACAAGAAAAUAUAUAUUGUCGAUAAUAUCAUUUUGUUAUGUAAAAUAAAUUGGAAGUAUAUAUUAAACAUACACACACUGGUUUUCAAAUCGAAAGUAGAAACCUGUUUAAACACAAUUUCAAAAUGGCUUCUAGAAUAUUUCGGGGUUCAAACAAAGACAAUGCAGGUGACUUCAUUGGCGAAAGUACUGUGACACAAUCAUGUGAGCCUUGUAUGAAAACCAACAUAUCAAAAACUGCUACGGUUUUCUGCAAGGAUUGUGAUGAGUUCUUGUGUGAUACUUGCAAGAAUCCGCACACCGUGUAUAAACCAGGUCAGCAUAACAUUGUUAAUGUACCGGAAAAUAAAUCUGCGCCCGUAAUACUCGACAUGAAAGGAUUUGACAAGUGUCAUGAGCAUGCACGAGAAAUAGUGUUUUUCUGUCAGGAUCAUUCUAAGCUUUGCUGUCUUUCGUGUGUUCUCAUUCACCGGAAAUGUGACCAAUUGGAUGAAAUAGCCAAAGUAUCCACACAAACACGACCCGACCUGCAAGGAAUAAAACAAUCAUUGAUAAAAUUGCAAUCCGAGGCAGACGCUAUUAUAGCGGAUUGUGAGCAGUCGGAGACUGGCUUAAAUGAGUCCAUUGCAAAGAUUUCUUCAGAGGUGGAAACAAUGAAAGAUCGUAUCAUACAACUGUUUGAAGGAGCAAAGCAGAAAUUAAUAAGUGAGGCAAAACAAUUUAAAACUGCAGAGGUCAAACGGAUUGGAAAUAAACGUGACGCCUCGCUCAAAGUUAAGGAAGUACUAAACAAUGUAUUGUCGAUGUGUUGUGUCGUUUUAGACCGCGGAACGCCUAGUCAACAGUAUAUUUAUUCAGAACAAAUGAAGGAGAAACAAAAAACUAUCGAAUCAACUAUAGAUGACCAAAGAAAGAUUAAAUGUUCAUCAACAAUGACAGUGUCUUUUUCAAAACAGGUUACUUCACUCCUUGAGAUGGGAAGCAAUUCUAUAAAACUGAAUUAUGCUGACAACAAGACAGUGAACACCAGUCUGCUCAGCUUAUCCCCCCAACCAAUGCCAGUCACUCUGGAGCUGCUCGUAUCCGUUGAUCUACCACAGACUGGAGAUGAUAAGAAGGAACCUCUCCUCACUGGACUGGACUUCCUGCCGGACGGGAGAUUGGUAGCCGUGGAUAACAAGAACAUGAAAUGUAUCAUACUGAAUGAGCGACUACAGAGACUUGGAACACCGUACAAGUUCAAGAAUAACCCAGGUAGCGUAGUAUGUGUGUCUCAUGAUACACUGUGUGUAACGGGUGGUGGUGGUGGUAUUAAAGUAGUAUAUCUCCUGUCUGUGAGUACAGACAAUACCAUCACACUGACCAGGGAGAUCAAUACAACAUCCAAGUUCGACUCUAUAUGCUGCAUGUCUCCAUCUCACAUGGUCGUGAGUACGCUCGAUGAUCCCCGUCCUGCUAGAAUGGUAUCUGUGGACGGGGUAGAGUCAGACUUUGAUCACUUCCUGACGUUUCCUAUGAAGACGUACAAAGUAGAUGAGAGUAAAUGCACGUAUGUCCAGUCUAAGAACACGUUAGUACUGACUGACCGACUCGCUCACACAGUGUACAUGAACGACACCGUGAAUCGCACGUCUAGAGCAGUCACUAAUGAGAACAUACAGGAACCUCGUGGUGCCUGUCCAGGGCCAGGUUACACAGUGCUGGUGUGCAGUAAGGAUAACGACUCCAUCGUGCACCUGACCAUCCACGGUAAAAUACUCGGUACAUACCCAGUGGAUAUGCGUUACCCGCGCAGCAUAUGUGUGUCUAAGGAUGACACUAGGCUGGCGGUGUCCAACAGCGCUGAAGGCACCAAAAAACUUCAUUUAACUAUCUACCUGGAGCUGCUCGUGUCCGUGGAUCUAUCGAAGACUGAUGAUGAUGAGAAGGAACCUAACCUCACUGGACUGGACAUCCUGCCGUACGGGAGACUGGUAGCCGUGGAUAACUAUAACAAGAAAUGUAUGAUACUGAGUGAGCUGCUUCAGAGAAUAGGCGCACCUUAG